UUGAUUAAAAAAUAUUGUUUUGAUUUUUACAUCGCUCCCAUUGGACAGUAACUUAUUUUUUUUCAAGUGAAGUGUUUGUUAUUGGUUCAACUGUUCAAAUAUAGUAGCUAUACAGUUAUACCGAAAUCGAGAAAAGUUUUCACUAUUUUCAAAUUCAUACUGUUCGAGUACCGAUUAUUCUACCAAUAUUUACAAAUAAAGUUGAAAAUCAAAAAUUAGUUUAGAUAUCGUCAUAUUUUUGCGUUAACAACAUAUCUUUGUAUAAAUUGUAGUAAAUGUUCUUCACCAGACCGGUUAAAAUACUUAUUACCUGACGUAAUCGUGCAUGACAACAUCUGGUACAUUACGAUGCGAUUCCGACGGCGUUUAAUGAAAUUAAAUUUCCCCCGUCAUACUGUUCAAAAUUUGUGAUUUAUUACAUUAGAUAGACUGGAAAAGUGCCGUGCAACUUCCUACGAGAUGUUAGUAAUUGGAUAUUGAUGAGUUAGCAGCUUUUUGGGGUAUAUCAGGAGUCCAGUAGCCGCUGGUCGUAGUCCAGUAGAUUAACGAUGAACGACCCGUGGGAUGUGAAGUGCGUGCGACAGGCCGGCCAGUACGUGUCCUGCAUGAAACUGAACGGGGUGCCGCUCCUUCCGCCCGUGAAUUUCAAGCAUUUUAAGUAGCAUGUGCAGAAUUUCAUAUGUUAAACAAGAGAUUGCUCGAGUUAUGUCGGAAAUAUCUCUAAAAAUGAAAAAAAUAUCGUUUAAUAUUCACGUGAAGUUAUCAAAGGAAUGCCGCAAAGAAAUGCAGUACUACAAGCUCCUUGCCAAGGAAGUGGAAAAGCGGAUAUCAAUACUUCAGCCUUUUGUAAUUGAUACAGACUCGGAGUCCGAAGAUAAGACUGAUGCUCCUGAACUACCUGAAUCUGAACAAAACUAUGAAUUACCCCUAGAAGAAGUAAAAACUGGAUUCAAUGUUAACAUAGAGAAAACAACUGCGAUCACUUCAGUUAAAAAUAUAGAUAAAACAAGAGCUAUAUCACCAAAACCUACCAACAAUGUGGCCAAGAUAAGUGGAGCUUCAAUAGAAACAUCAAGUUCUAAUUCCCCCAAACUUAUUAUAGAUCUCAAUUUCAAUAUCAAUGAAAAUGGAAAAAAUGUUGUUGAGACUGUGAAGAGUCCACACUCACCUACUGUAAUAGAUCUCCCUGAAAGGGACUAUAACUGCACGAGAAGAAUUACUCAAAAAGUCAUAACAGAAAAAGAAGUAAUUACUGAAGUAGGAAUACAAAGAAACAAUAAAAAACAAAAAGCUGUAGUCGAGGAGGUGGCUAACUUUAACUUUAAUUCAAAUAAAGAUACUUUGACCGAUCCUUUUAGUGAUUUGACUUUAUCUCAUGAUGGCCCGUCGUCUCUAAGUUCCAAAAGCUUUACAGGAUCCUUGAAUGAUUUGCAUAGGGAGAGCAUUAAGGAAACAUCUCCAAAAUUAGUCCGUCAACAUUCUUACACUCUAUUGCAUCCAAGUCCUCAGCUCUUAGCCCAUCUAGAAGUGCAAUCAAUGAAUACAGGUAUGGAGAUGACCUCUAUAUCAAUGAGCGAAUCUGUUUCCAACUUGAGCGGCCCAAACAAGAAGCGUAGGAGUUGGGACCUGGAGUCAGCUAAAGUGAAGUGGUCGUCGAUGGCGCUGGAACUGAAGCAGACUAAUGUCGUACAUAACCUUAAUAGAAACGCGUCUAACAAAACCAUCGUAAAACAAGUCAUUAAAAAAUCACCUCAGAGCUCACCACCGUCACGGGCAAAGACAGUUAGUCCAGAAAAAAGACGCAGUGUUCCUCCAAAACCAAUUAAAUAUAAUAAUACAACUAAUUCAAAUAAUAUGAAAUCCAUCAGUCCGGUUAGAAAUAGUGUGACUUUUGUGAAAGAACCAGGUUCACCACAAUUAAAUGCAAUUCCCGGCAUUGAUAAGCCACAACCCCAAGUUACCGCACCUCCUUCACUAGGAGAAUCCGACGACCCGGCGGUUCGCGUAAGGGAACUCUACGACAAAAUACAAAAUCAACAAUUAUUACAAAUGGCGAGUUUAGUGGAAAAGCAGAAAAGGGAACAGUUGCUGCUUCAGCAAGUCUUUGAAGAACAGAACAAUUUACUUUUCAAACAACUAAAGACUAUAGUACCGAAAUCUCCUAUAGAGGCAAAAGAGGCUUGGAGCGACAAACAUGUCGAAUGUGACAGAGGCCCGGUCAGUCUGAGUCAGCUUAUCAAUUGCAAGUCACCUGAAUCUAGUCUCGGCAGUCUCGUCAGUUCUUCCACGUUGACAGAAACCAACCAGUACAUAAACCAUUGCGAUAAUGUGCUGAAGAAAAGCAGGGAUAUUACGGGAAGUAUCAAGAAACAACCGAUUAAAUCUCGUAACCAGAAUGGCAGCAAGAUUAUAUCUCCGAAGCCACAACCGGACAGUAAGAAUCGAACUAACUCUCCGACUCAGAGACAUACCCCUACAUCCCGGAAAUUGAACUAUGACACGAGUGUAUCAUCGGACCGAGACUACGAGCCGAUGUUAACCGAUCGAACGAACGACACGAUGGCGGACUUGAACGUCACCUUUCCUUCCGACAACGACGACUUCACUUACCACAGUACCAAUUACUUGAACCAAGGUAAACUUAGUCAUGGACCUUCAGUGACUUCUACAACAAACGCCAACAGAGCCACCGACAAUGCCAUCCGAAACAUGGAGAGAACCAUUUACAAUUCAAUGAACAGCACCAACAAGCGAUUGUCGAAGGGUAAAAUUGACAUCCAGGGAACACCAGAACAGCAUGCAGCUGCAACCAAAAUAGUGGCCGUAGCCAAGGGUUAUCUGGUCCGGCGCCUGAUGCGCACGGACCGCGUACAGUCGACCGUGCAGACCAUCAAGGAUGCUCUGCUGUGCGCCCUGCAGCUGCACCAGGACCGCGAGGGUAUCCGGGGUGCUGACGUAGACCUCCACCGCCGACUUAUUCAGCAGAUAACAGCAGCAUGUUACUCCCUACACGAUACCUUCGUGGCCAGUACAGCCGCUGAGCGUUGCGCGAUGAUCGCUGCCGACAGAGGGCGCCGGCGUUCUCUCGCCGCUCGACAAGCUAGCGCCUCACUCAAACAGACGGACUUAAUGUCACAAAGCCACUCCGGGGUGUUUCCCGCGCGCACCAAGCGACCAACCCCAGUGUCGCCGAUGACGCAGUCUAACUAUGAGACAUUUAGCGAUGACAAGCAGUCCGGAGUGUCGGUGUCCCGGCACAUGGCCAGCCCACACCGGCGCCCCUGGCGCUGACCCUCGCCCACGCCGCCCAGCUGCCUGCCGCGCUUCUUUGCCCACUGCUGGGCGCAGCGCCGCGGCGUCAACCUAUGACUUUGUGAACUAAAUUAUCCGCAGCUUCACCCUAAAAGCGGUUUUGUAAAUUAUGUUUUUUUAUUUUCUUUUUUUAUGAUUUUAUUGUAUUUGGGAGGCCUUUUCUGGUGAAUUGAGUUAAAUAAAAUUUAAUAUACAUUAUAUUUUUUGUUAACUAUAACAACAAUUUUUAGCCUCAAAAAAUAUAAUUUCGUAUAUUUUAAUAAAUAUUGCGGCAUGACCGUAAGUUUCUAUCUGCCGAAAUGAUUUAAUGCUUGUGCUUGAAAAUAUUGAAAUAAAAAUUAAGUACAUGUAUUUAAUUUCGAUAAAAAUCGAGCUUCUCUCUUGUACUCCGCCUAUGCGCUCUCUUUUAUACACUGCGACUUAUUAAGCGAAAUAAAGUGCAUUUAAAAUUGUAUGUAAUUUAAUAAAUUAAAAUUAAGUAAAUCUCUCAUCUUGGAUACUUCAUACAGGAUCGUGAGAGAAACAUUCUCAUUAAUUUUGAACAAAUAUAUCCAGUUCAAAUGUAAUUUGUAACAAAAUUAUUUAUUAUUAGCAUGUAAGUGAUAAAUUGUGGUUGUAACUGUUGAGUUUAUGCUUCCAAAGCAAAGUGCCUAUACAACGCACCUACGUAAACUAGUAUAGAAUUAAUGAUACGAGUCGCUAUCGAAAGCAAUAAUUUGGUAAUUCAAUAUUUAUAUUUUAGCCACGCUAUAAAUACAGAACGCAAUAUUAAUGUAGGACACAUAUUUUGGAUAUCAAAACAGAUCUUGUAUAAUCUUAUAAUUAAUACAGCUAAAUACUACCACCAUAAGUGAUAGAUUUCUAACUUUCAAAAUAUAAGAGUGUGUCGUUUUUGGUGCACAGAAUAUGUACAAUAAUGAAAUUAAAUAAAUCACCGUCUAAACAGCACUUAUGUAAUAAUCAUAGAGAAUACAUUAAUCUUGUAAAAUUACUUUCUUGUAAUCAUUUUAUUAAAGACAGAUAGUAAGAAAAGUAAUUUAUAUGAUGUUAAAGAGGCCUUUUAUAUGUCGUGGCGAUAAAUCCAAAAAAUAUCAUAAGUUUUAUAGUAACUCUAGAUCUAAGAACUUACACUUGGUGUAAUAUAAAUGCUAGUUUUAUAUAAUCGACACGCUUCACUAUGUUUACAUUAGCCGUUCAUGAUUCGAAUUGCCAUAGUAGCAGAUUUUAUUGAGAUAUUUUUACUACUCACAUUAAUAUUUAUAUAAAUUAAAAUGCACCGUAUGUAAUGGCUAAUAUAGAUAGGUACACCUCACGAUAUAAAAGACAUGUAAACUUUAAGUCGCCUUAAUAUUUAGGUAGGUUUUACAUAUUACUUGAGAAUAAUAUCCCAUCAACAUUGUCUUGUACAUUACUGUUGAUACUAUCGCUGUUUUAAAUACUGUGUUACAAAGAUGAACAAUUACAUAAUGCCAAAUUAUGAACUGUAAAAGUGCUUCCAAAUGAAAUAACUUUUUCACAAUGAUUUUGUAGACAUUUACUUAGAAAGUAUCAGUUUUAGAAAAAAAUCCUAUUAUAAAUCUAUUGUCAUCUUUGUAACAUUUUACAAAUCCAUUUUGAUCUUUAUUUUAAUAAAAUCUCUGCACUAUACUGUAAUUAAUAAAUUGUUUCGGUGUUUCCCAACUGUUGAUAGUACAUACUAGUUAUAACAUUACUGAAUAUUCUAAUGUAACUUUGAUCCAGGUUGUAUGUCAGUGCUAACUCUACACUCUCUAGUCACAGAUCUCGUCAAUAACUUUCCUUCUUUUCAAAUCAUGUUGCUAAUUACAUUUUAUUGAGCUACUCCUACGGUCUUGGGACAUUACAUUAUUUAUCGGAGUCUUGUUUUGAAGUAUGUUUUUGAAGCGCAUAUCCUCGAGACAAAAAAGUGUUUGCAAUUUCUAAUUCAUUUGCAUGAAAAUGAAAUGUCAUGAAGUUAUCAAAAUUAAGUCACAAAUAUUUCCAAAGCUGUUUUAACGUAAACCUAUAUAGUGAUAUUGUACUGUAUUUUCGUGCAUACAUUUUUACGCAAUAAACAUGCAAAAAUAUAA